AUGUCGAAUCUCAAAGAGGAGAAGAUUGAGGGCAGCAGAGGCCAAGAGAACGGCCAACAGCCUGCUAUCGAGACAGCUCUUGAGCCUAAACCAUUCUUCCAGGCUGCCAUGCCUGUUUUUGCUUGCGGCGCAGGACUGUUCUCUGACGGCUACAUCAACAACGUCAUUGGGUCAGUCAACACUGUGCUCAAGCUCCAGUACAAGACCGUCUACACGUCGUCCAAUGCUGCCAAGUAUGUCGCAGAUAUUGCCUUUGCUGGUACGGUAGUCGGCCAGCUCAUUUUCGGCUUCACCUCUGACCACUGGUCGCGAACCAACUCCCUUGUUGUGUCGACCUUGAUCCUCAUUAUUUUUACUGCUUUGGCCACGGGCUCGUAUUUUAAGGGAGAUGCUGUCGGCAUGUUUAAUAUGUUGACUGCCUGGAGGUUUUUUGUCGGUAUCGGCAUUGGAGGCGAGUACCCUGCUGGUAGUGUUGGUUGUGCUGAGUCCAGCGGCGAGCUCAAAAGCGGCACCCGGAAUCGAUGGUUCAUCCUGUUUACAAACUCCAUGAUUGACUGGGGCUUCGUGUUCGGUGCCUUUGUCCCAUAUGUUGUCGCCGCUGCCUGCCACAACGAAAAUCUCUCGACCAUCUGGCGCACCAGCUUGGGCAUCGGCAUAGUAUUCCCCCUGGUUCUCUUCAUUCUGCGAUUGCGACUGAAAGAGCCCGAGGAGUUUUCCAGAGAGUCGAUGCGAAAGCAGACGCCGUACCUCCUAGUGCUGAGAUUUUACUGGUUCCGUCUGCUGUGCGUCAGCACGAUCUGGUUCCUCUACGAUUUCUCCACGUAUGCGUUCGGCAUCUAUUCAUCCGACAUUCUUUCCGGAAUUUAUGAUGGCGACGCCCCUUUAACCACAGUCUUUGGCUGGAACACGGUAAUCAACCUGUUCUACCUGCCCGGUACGAUGCUCGGUGCUUUCGUUUCUGACUGGGUUGGGCCCAAGUAUACCCUUAUUGGUGGCGUUCUCGUGCAGGCUGUGGUUGGAUACAUCAUGGCUGGAGUCUAUGGCAAGAUUGUCAACCAUAUUGCUGGAUUUGCUGUCCUGUACGGGAUCUUCCUUACUCUUGGCGAGCUUGGCCCUGGCAACAACAUUGGUCUGUUGGCUGCCAAGACGUGUGCGACUGGUGUUCGUGGUCGAUAUUAUGGCAUUGCCGCCGCUAUCGGCAAGAUUGGUGCUUUUGUCGGGACUUGGGUCUUCCCUUAUAUCCAGGCCGCUGGUGGCGAUGACAAAGUCAAGUCGGCGCAGUAUCCAUUCUGGGUGGCUUCCAGCCUGUCGAUUCUGUCAGCCGCCAUUGCCUUCUUCUUCAUCCCCAACAUUGGCCAGGACACCAUUACUCAUGAAGAUGUGCGCUUCCGUGAGUUUCUCGAGAGCCGUGGCUGGGAUACUGCUCAGCUUGGCUUGGGCAAAGUUGACUCGGAGCGCGUCGACGUUGCGCAAGAUGAGCAUGUACCAGAGAAACUAGCUAUCAAGUAA